CGUGAACAGGCACAACCAGGGCCCGAGCUCUGGGCGAGGGGUGUGUGUGCUGGUGUGGGUGUGGGUGUGUUUGUUUGUGUGUGUGGCUUUUCAGAGGGUAGAAUUUUUCUCCGAGUUGAACUGCUCACCGACCGACUGCCCCGAAGGGCGGAAGAUGCUGCCCCAGUCGGUGGCGAGGUUCGGCGCAACAGCUGGCUGGUAGCCAGAGUCUGGCGCUGGACGCGCGCCGUGACUGUGCCGUCUUCACCAACAACAACCAAAAACAGUCUCAGUGUGCUUUUUCAAGCAUCUGUGAGCACUUUGAAUGCAAACUGACUGCUGAGCCUCCAGCCACACCCGCCAGAGCUCUGCCUGUGGGACAGCAGGGGUGGCCCCAGCUCCCUGGCUUUGCAUGCAACAGCACCUCCACGUGACCUCCACCGUCGGAGAGAGCAUGAACUGAAGUAUCACAUGUGCCCUCGAGGAUUACCCUUCCUGUGCGUGUGCCCCGACCAGCCCGACACUGCCUCAGCCUGGAAGACUUUCAGGUCAGCUUCUGCUUCCCGACUGGAGUGUGCUGUGCCUGAACUUGUGUGUCAGGCCAGCUAGAAAGAAGGUUCAUACAAAAAAACUUAAGCAACCAAGGGCCAGGUAGAGCUGUGAGCAUGGACCACAACUCCAUGGAUCCGCUCCAGAAAUGCAGCUCAACACUGAUUUCUGAAUCUUCCCCGAUGAUCUCUGAAGAGACCUCCCAGGAAGUCAUGGCAGCCUCCCCUCCUUCCUUCUCAGAACUGCUGAUGAUGGGCCUGGGUGAUCUCAAAACCAGUCCUGGCACCAAAUUCCCCACCCCUCUUCCAGAGGGGCUGCUCCAGCAGCGCUACAGAGAUGAGAAAGCCCUACAAGAGAGGCGGUGGGAAAGGUCAGCAUCCCCUCAGAGGAAGAAAACCCUUCUGGGGCACAUGAGACGGCGACACCUCGAUCAGGUGGCACCUUAUCAGGUUGAGAGGAAAGCCAGGAUCUCCUCCUCAGGUGACAGAGAUCAGAACAGGUUCAGAUGUGAAUGUCGAUACUGCCAGAGCCAUAGGCCAAACGUCCCUGGGAUGCCUGCAGAGAGGAAAGGGGCCCCGCAUGCUUCCUCCUGGGAGACGCUGGUGCAGGGCCUCAGCGGCUUGACCCUCAGCCUGGGCACCAGCCGGCCUGGCCUGCUGCCCGAAGGGGUGCUCCAACAGCAGGAAAGAGACGAGAAGCUCCAACUAGAGAUGCAGCAGGAAAGCAAAAGAAUGUUUCAGAGGCUCCUAAAGCAGUGGUUGAAAGAAAACUGAGGCUCUCAUCCUCACGUGACAGAGGUCUGAAGGACUCCAGAUGUGAUCCUGAGCGUGCAUUCCUUUGGGGGACCAAACAGGAAGCAGUCGUCAGAGAAGUGACCAGAGCAGCGUUGAUGACUGAAAAUUCUAUCAGCGUGAGCCCUCACCCAAUCCCAGGAAGGUCCUGUCUUUGCUACCUGGAAUUUGGGGGUCCCCAUGGGGCUUUCUGUGGGACGCCAUGUACCCCGGAGGUCCGAAACUUCCAUAUUACGGCUCCCGCGAUGCAUGUUGUCACCUUCCCACCCCAGACUCUGUCUCUCCUCCCUGCCUUGUUGUCAGUACGGUAGAGAGCUGCUCUGUAGGCAUGAAUGCCCCGUUGAUGGCCAUGUGCUUCUGUGCCAUUUCAUGGACUGCCUCCCAGCAGCAGCACUGUUCUGCUGGAAUGGACGUGUGCUGAACGGAGAUCCACUUUCAAGGGACUGAUGCUAAACGAGGUACAGAAAGGGACGUGGAACUGGAACUUGGUGGUUCACCAUUGUGUUGUGUGUGUGAGCCAUUAUGAAUAUGCUGAGCUAAAUGUAGAUCAGUGUUUCCCCGCUUUAUAACACAGAUAGUAUUCCCCUCAAAGGAAUCUGUGACCCGUUACCUCAUCAUCCUUGCCAAAUAAAUAUACGUAUUAAGAAACCUAA